ACCGCCAGUGUGAGGGAGGGCAGCGAGCACAGGCCCAUGCCUUGCCCCUUCUUGGCCCCUGCUCCUGGCAGCCUGGGGGAAGGAUGGUGGCAUAGGUCAGCUGGGGCCCAGGCCUCACCUGGGCUGUCACAGUCCCUGAGAAACAGGCCUCCCGCUGUCUGCUGAGGGCCCCCCAGGGUUUCCGGGUCAUUGUGUCCACUAUCCCAAGAGCCUAAGGGUGAUCUCCACCCCCUUCCCUGUAAUGCACCAUCCCCUGAGGCUGGAUUCAGUAGGGCACUGGGGAGCAGCUCCCAGGCCCCCAGCCACCCUACCUGCUUCACCCCGGGGAUUGCCUGCCCAGGUCUCCUCUGCUCCCACACAGAAGUUCAAGUGAAGCUCCGGCUGAAGCCCUGCCCACCCCCACACACCUCCCAGACCCCCGAUUCCCCCACCACUCCACCCUGCUCCACAGCCCUAUUGUGAGGUCAGCGCCUUCCAAUGGGUUCCAUCCAGAGGUGUGUGGUGGGGUUGGGGGCUGGACAUGGCCCCCUGUCCCCAGCCUGACUCCUGCCUGGCUGGCGGCCCUCUCGGCCUGAUGUGUCUGUCCCUUUUGCUCAUCCCUGCUGCAGCUGGAACGUACUGUGAGUGCAGCCUCGGCCUCAGCCGCGAGGCCCUCAUUGCCCUGCUGGUGGUGCUGGCGGGCGUUGGUGCCAGCUGUUUCUGUGCCCUCGUCAUCGUGGCAAUUGGUGCCAUGCGAGCCAAGAGACAUGAACAUGCCUCCCACAGACACAUGGACAGCACGAUGGUGGGGCACUUCGGGGUCCAGGAAGAUCACACGGAUCUGCACACAUUGCAUGUGGAGUCCCACCUCAUGGACCCUGACCUGGAGGUCUCCCUGAUGCCUCCCCUGGAGGCUCACGGCCUCAUAACCAUCCCCAUGGACCCGAUGGCCCCAACUCUGACUCUAGAGGAGCCGUCCCCUCUCACCCCCCCACCUGAGUAGGGCUGCGGGCAGCCUAGGGUAAGAGAAUUAAAUGGUAUUUAGUGCU